CUCCUCGCCUUCUGUUAAAAACAAAUAAAAUAAAAAAAAUGUCUAGUCAUAAUUUCAGCAUUUCUCUCUCGGUUGACUUUAGCACUGCGGGGGAUUUUUUCCUUUUCCUUUACCACCUGCUGUUCGCCACGUGCGCGGCUCUGCUCGCGGGCUCCGUGGUUCUGGGGAUCCUGUGCACGCGCGCGCUGCGGCAGCAGAACCGCUUCAUCUUCAUGCUGAACACCAGCAUUAGCGACACCCUCACCGGCUGCUCCGUCUAUUACCUCGGCCUCUUCGACGUGCAGGAGGGUUAUCCGUCCAGAAACGGAACGCUUUACAUCCUGCCCUCGUUUUUAGGUGUGAACGUGAUGACGUUUCUGUUCGCGCAGUUCGACCGCUACCUGGCCGUGGCGCACCCGUUCUUCUACAACCGCUUCAUUACGCGCUGCUUCGUCAUCGCGUGCUGUGCGUUCUGCUGGGUGUACACCUACUUAAUCUUGGCCAUUCAGAACGUGCUCCCAGUCGCACAAGCCGUCAAACUGAGCGCCUUCGGUGUCAUGACGUUGCAGAUCAUAGUUGUGAUCAAAGUCCUGAUGACCAUAAAGUUAUACAUCAUCGCCAAACACCAGCUCGGCCGCGAGGCGCUCAGCCCGGAGAGAGACAGCAAGAAAGAGUCCCUGCGACUCAUCGUGUUCGUAGUCAUUUGUUUUUUGUCGCUCUGGUGUCCCUCCUUCGUGAAUAUCAUGAUCAAAUAUCUGUCAAACGACGGGCUGCGCUUCAGGAACGAAGCGACCAACGCGUUCGCCAUCAUGGCGCGCUUUAACGCGCUCAGCACUCCUGCGCUUUACAUAUGGGGCAGUCCUGCUCUGCGCACUGCGGUGUGGCGCACGGUGUGGAGAAGAGUGUGUCCGUGGUGCCACAUCACGACUAUAAGAGUAUGCAGCUUGAACACAAAACCAGCAAAAGAUAGAGUGCAGAGCAUCUCACAGAUCUCAAGGGACACAUGAACAACAAAGCCUAUCAUUGCCCUGCCAGACCUGGACUAAACUGGUUUGCCUAUAAUAGAUCAAAUGAAAUAUUCAACUGAUCAAUGUUCGAGUUUGUUUUAUAUAGAAAGGCACUUGACUCCACUACUCGUUGCUGAAUAUAUUAUGUCAAGCGAAGAAGAACUAUGUACAGCAAUAUUUCACUAAACCCAUUGUGAAUAUUUGUAAAUAAAAGUUUAAAAUAAGAACCCUUAAUAAUUCUUUAGGCAUCCCUCUGGAG